GGGGGCGGGACGGCGGAGGGACGCGCGGCGCCGGGCAGCUCCCGCCGCAGCCCCGCCUCCGGCCCCCCGCCACUUGGCCCGGCGGAGGAUCGAGGCGCCAGCGGGCCGAGCCGACCGAACCGAGCCGAGCGCCUCGGGCCCGGCAGCUGCAAGGGAGGGCCGGGAGCGGAGCGGGCACAUGGCGCAGGCGCCUGGUCCCAGAGGGGAGCCGGCUCCGGGGUGACGGGAGGGGCGGCCGAGAGGAGAGGAGCGGAGCGGUGGGCCCAACGCCACGGCCCCUCAAGCGGCCGGCGGCGCGAGGAGUUGAAGGCAUACAGUGGAGUCUUCCCAGAGAAGAUGUCGUCUUUGACAAUGAAAGCACGUCUGGACAAAAGAGGAAGCUUCUUUAAGCUCAUUGACACAAUUGCCUCAGAAAUCGGAGAGCUGAAACAGGAGAUGGUACAGACAGAUCUCACAAUGGAAGAUGAAUCUGCCGAUUUGCGAAGUCUAGUAAAGGACAUGGAUAAUGUCACUCCUGAGAAAAACGAUGUAAAAAGCUGCCCCCGGGACUCUGGAUAUGACAGCUUAUCCAACAAACUAAGCAUACUGGACAAGCUUCUCCAUACUCACCCCGUGUGGCUGCAGCUUGGCCUGAAUGAUGCUGAAGCCAUGGAAAUUCUGCAGGCCCAGCAUUCUGGGAUAUUCCUGGUUAGGAAAUCUGCAAGAUUGCAGAAGAAAGUCAUCUCUCUGCGUCUGCCCGGUGACUGUGGCUCCUGCCUAAAAGAAUUUGCAAUCAAAGAAAGCACAUACACGUUUUCCUUGGAGGGGUCUGGAAUAAGUUUUGCUGAUUUAUUCAGGCUCAUCGCUUUCUACUGUAUUAGCAGAGAUGUCCUUCCAUUCACCCUGAAGCUGCCUCAUGCCAUUGCUGCAGCAAAGACAGAAGCUGAACUUGAAGAAAUUGCUCAGCUUGGACUAAACUUUUGGAGCUCCCCAGCUAACAGCAACCCCCCGGAUCCCUCACCUCCCCGUAGGCCUGGGCCUGCAGACGGUGCCUGUAAAGACUCGCGUCAGCUCUGCCUCAUAAAUGGAGUGCAUUCUAUACGAACCAGAACGCCUUCGGAGCUGGAGUGCAGCCAGACCAACGGAGCGCUGUGUUUCAUUAACCCCCUCUUCCUAAAAGUGCACAGCCAGGAUGUCAGUGGAAGUCUGAAAAGACAGAGCCCGAGAACUCAAGACACGAAUGGUUCGACGAGGCCUCGCUCUCCCCCGCCCCGGCCGCCGCCUCCUGCUAUUAAUAGCAUCCUCACGAGUCCACAGCUUUCCAGGACUAUAAAGCAAGCGAGCAUGCCAGAAACAGUCAACCAUAAGAAAGAGCGAGGCUCGGAUUUGCUGCAGAACAGACCAACCCCCAUUCCGCCGCCUCGGCUGAAGAAGCAGACUGUUUGCACAGAGGCGGAAGGUAACUCAAAGACCACGGCGGUAACUCGGCCUGGCUGCAACUCCGUGCCUGUGCCCAAAGCUGCUGGUGUGCCAGGUGAAGCCCUGCCUGAGCCGCCGCCUCCGGCAGCUGCCAAAAAGGCUGUAGCCACCAGCUCUGAGUCACACAUACCGUGGGAUGGAGGCAGACAGAGACUGAGCGACAUGAGCAUUUCCACCUCCUCAUCUGACUCGCUGGAUUUCGACCGGAGCAUGCCGCUUUUCGGCUAUGAGGGGGACACCAACAGCAGCCUGGAGGAUUUUGAGGGGGAAAGUGACCAAGAGAGCAUGGCACCCCCUUUGAAGACCAAGAAGAAAAGAAACAGUUCUUUUGUUCUCCCCAAGAUUGUGAAAUCCCAGCUACGGAAAGUCAGUGGAGUUUUCAGUUCCUUCAUGACCCCUGAAAAGAGGAUGAUUAAGAAAAUUGCAGAGAUGUCCCGGGACAAACGCACUUACUUUGGGUGCUUAGUGCAGGACUAUGUCAGCUUUCUUCAGGAAAACAAGGAGUGCCAUGUUUCAAGCACUGAUAUGCUGCAAACAAUUCGGCAGUUCAUGACCCAAGUCAAGAACUAUUUGUCCCAAAGCUCCGAACUGGAUCCUCCGAUCGAAUCGCUGAUUCCAGAGGACCAGAUAGAUGUUGUCUUGGAGAAGGCCAUGCACAAGUGCAUUCUGAAGCCACUGAAGAGCCACAUUGAAGCAAUGUUGAAAGAGUUUCAUACCGCGGAUGGUUCUUGGAAACAGCUCAAGGAAAACCUGCAGCUGGUGCGACAGAGGAAUCCUCAGGAGCUGGGCGUGUUUGUUCCAACACCAGACUUUGUGGAUGUCGAAAAGAUUAAAGUCAAGUUCAUGACCAUGCAGAAAAUGUAUUCACCUGAAAAGAAAGUCAUGCUGCUGCUGAGAGUUUGCAAACUGAUUUACACGGUGAUGGAGAAUAACUCAGGGAGGCUGUAUGGAGCUGAUGACUUCUUGCCUGUGUUGACAUAUGUACUGGCCCAGUGUGACAUGCUAGAGCUGGAUACUGAAAUCGAAUACAUGAUGGAACUGCUGGAUCCAUCUUUGCUGCAUGGAGAAGGAGGCUAUUACUUGACAAGUGCUUAUGGAGCACUUUCACUGAUCAAGAACUUCCAGGAAGAACAAGCUGCCCGACUGCUAAGUUCAGAGGCCAGAGAUACUCUGCGGCAGUGGCACAAGAGGAGGACAACUAACAGGACGAUACCUUCAGUUGAUGAUUUUCAGAAUUACCUCCGUGUGGCGUUCCAGGAAGUGAACAGCGGGUGUACGGGCAAGACGCUGCUGGUGAGGCCAUACAUCACCACGGAGGACGUGUGCCAGCUUUGCGCUGAGAAGUUCAAAGUGGACAAUCCAGAAGAGUACAGUCUGUUUCUUUUUGUUGAUGACACCUGGCAGCGGCUGACAGAAGAUACCUACCCUCAGAAGAUUAAGGCAGAGCUGCACAGUCGCCCGCAGCCCCAGGUCUUCCACUUCGUCUACAAGCGUAUCAACAGCGAUCCCUACGGGGCCAUUUUUCCCAACAGCGACGACCCAGCUCCUUAAAACCAGCAACUCGCCACGUAACUUCCAUUCCUGGUUAAGUGUUGAAAACAUCUUUGUCGGCUGCCAUCCUUAGGAGCUAAAGCAGGCCUUAAGUCACAGGUGCCUGGUCAAGCACGUGCAGACACUUGCAGUGUUGCUGAUGAAAGCCCCUGUGAGCCAGUUACGCGGCUGGCCACAGAACACCCCACCAGCCUUGUGCUGGAGCGAACAGCCCUUAAGGCUCAAUUUCUUGUGCCACAGGCUCCAACAAAACAUAUUGUACUGUGGCCCUUCUGCAGGUCUUUUGCUGUAGCGUGCAAAAAUUACUUUCUUAGGCGAAUCCUGUAGCCAAAUGUCCUUUUGAUUCACAAACGCGCAGGCUGGACGAGUGUCUCGGUGAGCCGGCUGGGAUGGGCCGUGUCACCGGUGCUCAGCUCACAGGACUGUCCGAUGCAGGGCAUCAGUUAACUCAUCAUUAUGUGGAUGAUUGCAUCCUUCCCUAUUUUUUUUUUUAAUUACAGAAAAUCGCCAUGUUUUUAUACAUAUAUAUAUAUAUCAUAGAAAUUUUAUAGCAGUUGCAGGUAAACUGUCAGGGUUGGUUUUUGAAAUAUUUUUUUAACUAUAAAGUGUUCUAUAAUUAUGCAUGUGAUUUUUAACAUUUAAUAUACAAGAAUAAAUCUCUUGCUGGUUUUAGAGUAUUGCAUAAAAAGUCUCUGUGGUUUCUCUUUUUUUCCUGUUCCAGGAGAGUUCCUGUGAAACUUUGUGUUACCUGUAAGGAGAUUGUAACGCUGGCACUGGUGAUUUUAGUGCCUUUAUCUGAACUUGAUGUACUGUUAUCUGGAUUAUUGUUUAUAUGCAUCCUUUCGGAUAGAGCUCGGGGGGAUUGGAAGAGGAAGUCGAAAGACAAGGAUGUAGAGAAGGGGCAGAGAAAGACUGUAGAGAACCUAGGUUAGGAUUAAAAUGUGUUAGUCUGCUGGUUCAGGCUCCUUGUGGAAACCAAGCAAGGGAGGUAGGUAACGGAACUGUUAUAUAAGCAAUGUUGUAGGUUUGCAGAGGGAUUUGACAGCACUCAUCCCUGAUACUGUUUGUGUUAGCAGAGGAUACAAUAUAUCGGCGAGGUGAACACUAACUGUGUCCUGUAGUCUGUCAACAGCAUCAAAAUAGGUCUUGGACUGAAGAAGGUGUUGUGGUGUUUGACGAUUCUGUUACCUCGUAGGUGAGAUGUGAAAUCGGUCCUCCACGUGCAAAGAUGAAACGGUAUUAAAUGUCUUGUGUUCUGUGGGUUUGUCCAAGGUAGCCAAUGCCGCGGGUGACACUGUGCAUCCCGCCUCGGUCAAUCGGGGCUGCUGUCUUUGGAGGGACGGGGGUUCUCCCCGGGUCUGGGGGUCUCAGGGUGGUGUAACAUAAGGCCGACAGUGGGGAAGACGUCACGAGCAGCAUGUGUGUUGUACACGCAGAGAUCUGCAGCAUUUUUGUCAGUGUAUCUGAAACCCCUGGCACGUGUUUGUAUUUCAUUUUGUAAAUGAUCGGUUUUGCACAUAAAUAUACAUUGUAAUACUGAACUACAA